AUGAUUCAACCUCAGUUAAUUCUUCUCCGAGAGGGCACCGAUACAUCUCAAGGGAAACCCCAACUCAUCAGCAACAUCAAUGCUUGCGUCAAUAUUGUCGACAUGGUGAAGACUACACUGGGUCCAUGCGGCAUGGAUAAACUGAUCCACAACGGUCGUGACGUCCAAAUUUCGAAUGAUGGUGCGACCAUCAUGAACCUUCUCGACAUUGUCCAUCCGGCAGCACGAAGUCUUGUGGACAUCGCCCGCGCGCAGGACCAUGAAGUGGGAGAUGGUACCACAUCCGUUGUCAUCCUGGCUGGGGAACUCCUUAGGGAGUCGAAGCAAUGCAUUGAAGAUGGCAUUGCUCCGCAGCUUAUCAUCAAAGCAUACCGUAAUGCUUUGGCAGUCGCACUCAAGACUCUGGACGAGCUGAGCGUGCCAUUCGUGGAGAAUAAAAAUGCGAUUGACGAAAAUUUGAUUCACUGCGCGGAAACUGCGUUGAACUCUAAACUCAUUAAUGCACAGCGUCACUUUUUCGCAGAAAUGGCGGUAAAGGCCGUGAAGUCGUUGGAUGAUGAUAUGAAUCUCGAUUAUAUUGGCAUCAAGAAGGUGACUGGUGGAAGCAUAACUGACAGUAUUUUAGUGGAUGGCGUAGCAUUCAAGAAGACCUUUUCCUACGCUGGAUUCGAGCAACAGCGAAAGAUGUUCGUUUCGCCAAAAGUACUUCUCCUCAACAUAGAACUUGAGCUAAAGGCUGAAAAGGACAACGCAGAAGUACGUGUCAAGGAUCCAAAGCAAUACCAAUCCAUUAUAGAUGCUGAAUGGAAGAUCAUUUUUGAUAAGUUGGAUAAGUGUGUUGCAACGGGGGCCAACGUGGUGCUAUCGCGACUGCCCAUUGGAGACUUGGCGACACAGUACUUUGCUGACCGUGACAUCUUCUGUGCGGGUCGUGUUUCCAGCGACGACAUGAAUCGCGUGAUCUUCGCCAUAGGUGGUGCGGUGCAGUCCACACUCAGCAAUGUCCCUGAUACGGCGCUCGGCAGCUGCGAGCUCUUCGAGGAACGCCAGGUGGGCACGGAACGGUAUAAUUUCUUCACAGGCUGCAAAAACUCCAAGACAGCCACCAUCAUCCUACGCGGUGGCGGACAGCAAUUCAUUGAAGAGGCUGACCGAUCAUUGCACGAUGCUAUCUGCAUCGUGAAGCGCGCGAUUAAAACGGGCUCUGUGGUUGGUGGCGGCGGCGCAGUGGAGAUGGAGCUGAGUAAGGUGCUGCGAGAGUACUCUCGCAGUAUCCGUGGAAAGGAACAGAUGGUGAUUAGCGGCUUUGCGCGGGCGCUAGAAGUUAUUCCACGUCAAUUGUCUGAUAAUGCCGGACAUGAUAGCACGGAUAUUCUCAACAAGUUGCGCCAAAAGCACUACAUCUGCGAUGACAAGUCAGGCCGUUGGUACGGUGUUGAUAUUGUCAACGGUGGUGUGUGCGACAGCCUUUCCAAUUUCAUUUGGGAACCAACGUUGGUGAAGCGCAACGCCCUCCAGAGUGCAACCGAAGCUGCAUGCCUGAUUCUUUCGAUUGAUGAAACAGUGACCAAUAAUGAAUCUGAGGCAGCCAAAAAGCAGGCAGCAGGAGGUGGCAUUGGCAGCCGCGGGGGCAUGGCCAUGAGCAAGGCAGGAAUGGGUGGUAUGUUUGCUGGUGCACCUGGUGUCACACGCUACAAGGGUGGCCGUGGCAAGUAG